AUGAAGCCUGUUGAUGUGUAUGUUUCAUCUCAUUAUGAUAUUAUUAAGCAUAUGUUGUCCAAACCUAUUUUGCAUAACCGAAUUGGAAAAUGGGUGCUAGCUUUAAGUGAAUUUUCUUUAACUUAUGUUCCUUUGAAAGCUAUGAAAGGACAAAUAGUAGCUGACUUCAUAAGAGACCGUGGAUUAACUGAUAUAUCAGUGAAUAUGGUCACUCAAACUAUGUGGCAAUUGUAUUUUGAUGGUUCCAGUCAUAGAAAUGGUUCAGGUAUUGGGGUUUUAAUUAUAUCUCCCCAAGGUAUACCUUCGACGUUUAAGUACAAGAUCAGUGAAGCUUGUUCUAAUAAUGAGGUAGAAUAUGAAGCUUUGAUCACUGGAUUGAGGGCUCUUUUAGACUUAGGGGCUACUGAAGUACAGAUAAAAGGUGACUCCGAGCUUGUUAUUCGACAAAUUACAAAGCAGUAUAAAUGUAUUAAAGAAAAUUUAAUCAUUUACCAUGCUCUAGUAAUUCAGUUGUUGGAGAAAUUUCACGUGGUGCAUAUAACUCAUGUGCCUAGGAAUGAAAACAGUGCACCAAAUGAGUUAGCACAAAUUGCUUCAGGAUAUAGAGUUUCUAAAGAUCGACUGAGAGAGUUAAUUGAAGUUAAAGAUAAAGAAGUCUAA